AUUUGCAACAAAUAGCACAGGACGAUGGUGGAGCAUGUCGUGCUGUUCAAGUGGAAAGACGACGCAAGCGCGGAGGCGAUCGAAGAAGUGGGCCGAUCCAUCAUUGCCCUUAAGGACAAGGUCCCUGGCAUCAUCGAUCUUGCCUAUGGCGAAGACUUUACCAAGACGCGGUCCCAAGGAUUCACUCACACCCUCGUUGUCCGCAUGGCGAACAAGGAGACAGUCGCGUUCUACGAUUCGCACCCCGAACAUGUCAAAGUCGUGACGCAGAUCCGACUUAUCCUGGACAAAAUCCUCGCCAUGGACAUUGAAACACCACGCCAUCUCCCCAAUUAAGUGACUACACGAUCACACACUUUCCGUGGA